GUUAGGUUUUUUUUUUUAUCAUAAUGCUACCGCUAUUAUCAUCAGCAUUAUAUACAUUCGUCUGGUGCAAUGUAUCCCUCAAUAUCGAAAGCUGAAAAACAAGAAAUUUCAACUUAAUCAUAACUACAAGUCUCCGUGAUGAAAAUAUUGCUCGAUGAUGCAUUAUGGUUAUUGGCCGGGGAACUGAUAUCAUUCUGAUCUCAUGCAAUUUAUUUAUAUCAGUAUUUUAGAAAUGUUAGAGAGAAAACGCUGAAAACAUUUAAUGAAUAUCGAAACAAAUAGAGAAAAACUGCAUCCUCUUAGCUUUAUGGUGAAUUCACUUGAGCAGCUAAGACUUUGUUGUUUACAUCGGCCUUUCAUCAUUUAAUUCUCAUAACAUCGUUUCAUCGUUAUAUAAUAGACAUUAGUGUUACUGCUGUGCUUUUGGAUUUUAAUAUUUCUAUCAUUAUCAUUUGUAUCUCCGAGCGGCUCCAAGGGCGUCUCGUCAACAGGGGAUAUUGUACUGUGAUUAGAUUUCCUCCCGAAAUGCCUUACUACAGCGACGAGGACGAGGACCUUCAGGUCGACAUGAGCCAGUUCGAGUUGCGGCCGCGACCUGGAGGACCUUUGUUCUACUACGAGGAGGACGCCGCCGCCCCGCCGUCGUCGCCGCCGGACGACCGCCCCCCGGCCAUCCGCGCAGGCAAGCGGGGGCCGCUGCCUCAGCGCUGGUCGCCGCCGCCCGGAGCCAGGCAGGUGAGGCCCGUCCGGUCGCAGCGGGCUGCCUCUCCCGCCCGCCUGCGUUCCCCGUCGCCCGCUCGCCGACGCUCCCCUUCCCCUGCUUACCGUCGAUCUCCUCCUGUCGAUCGACGUUAUCCAUCUGCUUAUCAUCGUUCUCCAUCUCCCGCGUAUCGUCGCUCUCCGUCUCCCUCCUAUCGCCGUUCCAAUUACCAUCGCUCUCCCUCUCCGGGUUAUCGUCGUUCUCCAUCCCCUGCGCAUCAUCGUUCUCCAUCUCCUGGUUAUCGCCGCUCGCUUUCUCCUGCCUACCCUCACCAGUCUCCACCACCUCAUUACAGCCGCUCUCCCUCGCCCACUUACAGGAGGACGCCAGUCGAGAGCACAGCAAGGAGUCCCAGAAGGGAUCCUGCCAACAGAUCUCCUUCCCCCUCAAGGCAUGCUCGCUCUCCUGCCCCGCGCCCACUGCAAUCUCCCAACCACAGAGACCAUCUCAACGGGCCGUUCAUAGGUCUUCCACUUGCUCGAAUGAAAAUCACGAACGGCCAUCAGUCCCGCAGUGAGAUGCAGAAUCACAGAGAGAGAAUUCCCAACACCAGGGAACCUCCUCGACAGGCCAGCAGACGAGCUCUCCAAAGAGAUGUAGAUACCAGCAGUGACGACGCCACGUUAAGGCAGCGAAGGCCCCCUCCAUCCCACAGGAGAUCGAAGCCCCAGAGUUCGCAGUACCCUUCGAAUCAGCAAAAGCCCAAUAAGUCCCUCUUGCCAACGAGACUGGAGCCAACGGCAGAAAGGCAAGCUCGAAAGCCUACCCGCUCAAGGGGUCGUUCGGGGUACUCGCCGGCGCCCGAUUAUGACUUUUCAACGGUGCCUCAUGUGCCAGAACCUGACUACUGAGAGAUUUUGAUCGGGCGACUAUUCGAUUUUAUGCAAUUGGAUUUUGACAGAAAUAAAUACAAUGUAUUUAGGAAAAUAUUUUCCUUUCGUAUUCAUCAUUGUACAUGCAGCAAUUCAUUAUUAACGUUCAGCCUAAAAGAUUAGUGAAAUACACUUUUCUUGAAGAACUAUGGUCAUGAAUUGGCUAUGGUAUGAAUGAAUAAUUGCCAUUAUAAACAAUAAUUAUUUCAUAUAUUGAACAAUACUGCUUACUGAAUUAAGUGUUGAUAUUUUGCCAUUCUAUAAACUAUAUAUUUUAAAUUACGUGCUGUCUUUUAUAACUGUGAAUAUUUAGUGUUUUUCACUUGCUGAAGAAAUAAAAUAUCAACCUUA